AUGGGCUUUCUCAAACCUGAAGUUGGCAAGGCUCGAAAGCCAAAAUUCGACCUUCAUUUGAAGAUAUAUGACCUCAACAACGUGCCACUUGUUUCCGGUCAAUCAUUCGUCAAAUGGCACCUCUCUCACUCAAUGACCGCAGAACACCGCGGUCGCACUCAAAAAUGCCCAAUUGCCAACCAUAGGGUCGACUACAGCUUCGUUACUACAGUCACUGGCAUCCGCAUAUCAAUAGAUCGCAACAACCACCUUGCCGAAUGUCCUAUGGAAUUCGAGGUUAUCCAGGAGUUUGGUGUAGCCGAAAAAGUCUCACUUGGUGUUGUUCGUCUCAACCUCAGCGAGUACGUCGAAGAAAGCGAAGCCUUUGUCAAGGAUGUCGCGUCGCCUGGUCGCAUACGUAGCGGUAGUGUUGGUGUCAGCCCGCACGGCGGUGGCACGUCACGACCGCGCCGCGAUUCCGAUGUUGUUGAGGACGGCAUUGUGAGAAGAUAUCUCAUGCAAGAAAGCAAGGUCAACAGUACCUUGAAAAUCAGCAUUCUCAUGGUUCAAGUCGAUGGCGAACGCAGCUACGUAGCCCCUCCUCUCAAGACAGCCCCCGUGUUUGGCGGUAUUGGCGGCAUCAUGGGUGAGGAGAUAGAGGACGAAGCUGGACCAAUAGCUGCUGCAGUGCCUAACUUAUCGAAACCACGCGACGCCGCUGAGCUGCAGGAUCUCUACCGGAGUGUCCUGACUGCUUCGUGGUGCCGUCAGCCCGAUGAGCAUUCUGCAGAGGAAGUCAUCGACGAUAUUUUCAAUGGCGGCAACGGCUGGAAAACUAAGCCACACAAUGCCUCGCCUGCCACGGAUGAUGAAGAAGAUGACGAUGAUGAUAUCGGUGCCCGUGAUACUAUUCGAGCUCGUGACGUCCGUCGCAUAACCCAUAACCUCCUUCAUCCCCAUCAUCAUAGCCAGAGCCAUCGAUCACCUUCACGCAAUCGGCCAGCCAACGGUCCGCAUGGCUCUUCACAUCGUCGCACGCCGAGCAACUCGAGCGACAAAAGCUUCUCCACAGUCACAGUUACGCCUUCCAACCGACGUAAAGGUGUCCGCAUCCAUGAGCGUCAUCUCGACCACGCGCGCAGUAUGGCGAGCAUGACAUCUACCAUGACAAUGGAUAGCGAUCCUAUGCGGGAAGUGAAUUAUAAAGGGGCUCGCGAGGUCAGAGAGGAUGAUAUGCGAAACGAUCUCGUUGCUUGGCGGUUACCAGGCGAUCAGGUCAUGUAA